AUGGGGCAGGAAGCCCUGGACCAGGUUCCUAAUAACAAGGGACUCACUCCAUCCAAGCUAGCAGGGUUGAAAGGCAAUGCGAUAAGGACUGUGAGUCUGAAGAGGAAUAAAUAUGGAUGUAGCUAUUUCUGUAUCCUGUCUGUGUUCUGUGUGCACUACAUGAACUUCUUCACCAUGUGCUGCAUUUACCAACCUCUGAAACUUCAAGACAACACCAAAACAAAUCAAAGAGGCAAUACUAUAUAUGUACAGAAACUGUUGCAGGAAUCUUAUGUCACUCCUGAGGAUAGCCUCUGGCUGGUCACAGUGACAGGAGCUAUAAUAAUACUGAUCUUGGAGAUAAGAGAGAACAUUCCAAAUAUCUUCAGACUUGGAGCAACCAAAUACUUUGGACAGACCAUCUUGGGAGGGCCUUCCCACAUGGUAAUCAUCACAUAUGCUUGCAUGAUUCUGGUAAUCAUGGUGAUCCAUCUCACCACCAACUCCUUUACCCUGAUGCCAGGAUGGUGCAAUGCCAUGUACUUCGCACGAGGCUUCCAGAUGCUUGGACCCUUUACCAUCAUGAUCCAGAAGUGUGUCAUUGAUAGUGGAAUUGAGUGCACUUUCAGCAAGCUUGCAGAUGACACCAAGCUGAGUGGUGUUGUUGAGAUGCUAGAGGGAAGGGUUGCCAUCCAGAGGGACCUUGAGAGAUUUAAGGAUUGGGUCCAUGUGAACCUUGUCAAGUUCAGCAAGGCCAAGUGCAAGGUCCGGCACCUGGAUUGGGGCAAUCACCAGGAUCAGUACAGACUGGGAGAUGAAUGGCUUGAGGGCAGCCCUGUGAAGGACUUGGGGAUACUGACCCAAGAUCUUGAUGAGUUGAGCCACUUCCACCCCACUUUUAGCACCUUUGAGCUCUUCCUCAGCAUCACUGAUGACCUAUCAACUAUGAAGUGGACCUACCCUUUAUGUAAGGCACAAUUUGUUCAGCCUUUGCUGUUAUUGCUCCUUAUGCUCAACUUGUUCCUUGCCAUGGUGGGUGGCACCCACUGGGGAGUGGCUCAUGAGAAGGAUGAGCUUUGGAGAGCACAGGUAGCAGAACACCAGGAGGAGCAAUUUCCCUUUGAACAGGUCAAAGUUACAAAACAGCAAGCUCUAGAAGACACAAUGAUUUCUGAUGAGCUCAGUGCAGCCCUUUCAGUAACACAAGAGUGGAACAGCUUCACACACAGGGCAUGA